ACGGCAGCAGCAACGUGCCGUGUAAAGUCAUACAGAUAAACACGCGCAUGCAGGGUGUAGUACAUUUCUUAGGACAGUCUGUUUUUUGAACGUGAUUUCACUAAGGAUAACAUGCGUUAAGAUGGAUGAGCAUCAAAUAUUGUAAUUCCCCGAGGGACUGAAGAGGAUGGGUGCAGUACCCAGGUGUUGGAGAUGUCAUUCGGUCGACUUCUGCGACGCGCAUCCACCAAAGCCUCUGACCUCUUGACCUUCAAUGCAGGGUCGGCAGGGUCACGGGCCGUGCUGGACGGGGAGAUCAUCUUCUCCAAGAACAACGUGUGUGUUCACCCAGCCGAGCCCCUGCCUAGUCUGCCUGAACAUCAUCCAGGAUACCUGUGUGUCCACCUGGAGAAGGACGAGACCUUGGGGUCCACCCUCAUCCUCACCUGGGUCCCCAACUCACGCAUCCAGCGGCAGGACGAAGAGGCGCUGCGCUACAUCACGCCCGAAAGCUCACCCGUGCGCCGCCAUGCACGCAGACGCAACCGCCUGCCAGCAUCACGCCCACCGCCUGCUCCCGAGGAGGACGAAGACGAGGAAGGGCCAGACCAGGUGCUGCAACCGCCACCACCCCCGCAGCCUGAUGACGGCGAUGAGGGCUCGGGCGAGCUAUCAGCCGACGAGGUGAGCCGUGACAGCACGCUGGGCUCUGACUCGGACACCUUCUCCUCGCCCUUCUGCCUGUCACCCGUCAGUGAGGCCCUGGGCGAAAGCAGCAGCUCUGUUUUCCUAGACAACGAGAGCAGGGAGAUGGGUGAUGAGUCCAUGACCCACUCUGCAAGCUCUGCCUCCAGCUUGGACAGCCAUGCCCCCUCUGAAAGCAGCCAAUCACAGGGUGCACGAUGUGAGGAGCAGCAAAAGGUUCUGGCUCUAGAGCAGUUGUGUGGAGUGUUCAGAGUGGACCUGGGUCAUAUGAGGUCCUUACGACUAUUCUUCAGUGAUGAGGCCUGCACCAGCGGUCAGCUGGUCAUCGCCAGUAGGGAGAGUCAGUAUAAGAUCCUGCACUUCCACCAUGCCGGCUUGGAUAAAUUAGCCGAGGUCUUCCAACAGUGGAAGUGUUGCCGGGAGACGCAACUCAAAGACCAGGUGGCGGACGAAAAGUCAUGCAUGCAGUUCUCUAUCCGCCGGCCCACCCUGCCCUCCACAGAGACGCACCCGGAGGAGCGGCUGUACCGCAGGCUGGAAGUCAGCUCCUGGCUCCGCCAUCUGAACCACAGUGGCCAGGUGGAGGAGGAGUACAAGCUCAGGAAGGCGAUCUUUUUCGGAGGCAUUGACCCAUCCAUCCGAGGGGAGGUGUGGCCCUUCCUGCUGCACUAUUACAGCUAUGACUCCACCUCUGAGGAGCGUGAGGCUUGGAGGAUCCAGAAGCGCAGCGAGUACCAAGAGACCCAGCAGAGGAGGUUGUCAAUGAGUCCUGAGGAACACAGUGAGUUCUGGCGGAAGGUGCAGUUCACUGUAGAUAAGGACGUGGUGCGGACUGACAGGAGCAACGUGUUCUUCAGAGGAGAGAACAACCCUAACGUGGAGAUCAUGAGACGCAUCCUGCUGAACUAUGCUGUGUUCAACCCGGGCAUGGGCUACUGCCAGGGCAUGUCGGACCUGGUGGCUCCGCUGCUGACCGAGAUUCAGGACGAGAGCGACACAUUUUGGUGUUUUGUGGGCCUUAUGGAGAACACCAUCUUCAUCAGCUCCCCCAGGGACGAGGACAUGGAGCGGCAGCUGAUGUAUCUGCGGGAGCUCCUUCGCCUCAUGCUGCCUCGCUUCCACCAGCACCUGACGGGUCUGGGUGAGGAUGGCCUGCAGCUGCUCUUCUGCCACCGCUGGGUCCUGCUCUGUUUCAAGCGUGAGUUCCCCGACACCGAGGCCCUGCGCAUGUGGGAGGCUUGCUGGGCCCACUACCAGACGGAUUACUUCCACCUAUUUCUGUGUGUGGCCAUCAUUGUGCUGUAUGGUGAUGAUGUUACAGAGCAACAGCUUGCAACAGAUCAGAUGCUGCUGCAUUUUAGUAACCUCUCCAUGCACAUGAAUGGAGAACUGGUGCUGAGGAAGGCUCGAAGUCUGCUCUAUCAGUUCCGACUGCUUCCCAGGAUCCCUUGCAGUUUGCAUGACCUGUGUAAGCUGUGUGGGCCCGGGAUGUGGGACAGCCGUUACAUCCCUGCCAUAGAAUGUUCCGGAGAGCACCCUGACUCUCAGAGCUGCCCCUAUGGAGGCACUGCAACCCCACAACCCCCACCCUCGCCUAGCCAGACAAAUGAGGGCAAGCGAGGAUCUAAGACACGGGACAUCUUUAACUUCCGCAAACAGUCCUGACUGCAGCUACGUUCAAGAACUACAUUACCCACAAGGCCUAGCCCCAGAGGUACCAUUCACCCAGUGCUUUGGUGAAUGCUGCGAGCUACAGACCUCAGUGUAAUUGUUAGUUAAAUAAGGGAUAUUUUCUGUCUAAUAUAUGGAAUACUGCCUAAGCUGAAAUCACAUAAAUAUGACAUUUUUGCCAUGUCAUGAUUUGAAGGAGAGUUCUUUUCUCUCUUCUAAAAGGUGAGUGGGAAAAGACGAUCAUGCUGUGUUAAGUGUUUAUUAGAUGACAGGAUUCUGGAAAGGACUGGCAACCCAUCUGGAGGCACAGAAGGAUUGGUUUACAGAAUGUCAUCAAUAAUACACAUUACAGUCCAAUCAUAUAAGCAAGGAUUGUAAUCUUCUCUCUUUCUUUUUGAUGAAUCUAAUAUAUUUGUACUCUUUCUAAUACCCUUUUAACUUUUUUUUAGACUGUGCGCUAACAUCAGUGAGUGUGUAUUGUGGGCGAAAGACAGCAACUGUGUUUUUGGAGUUUAAUUUGUUAUUUAGUUAUACUGCUGGAUCAGACAUAUUCUGCUGCAUUAAUGGUCUUAAACCUACUUUAAUCCAGACAAUUGGUGAAGCACAAGGGGAAGAGGCUCUAGACCCUAUCAGUCAGUACGGGAGAUUCUGUCAGAUUAGAGUUUGACAAUAGUGCUUUCUCGAUCCAGAUCUCACCAUAUAUUGGCAUAAAUUGGAACAGACUAUAGAUUACAUAGAAUGGGAUGCUAUAUGUUAUCAAAGCAAUAUAUAUCUGAAUUUGUUUUACUCAUGUAGUCAUUUAAACAUUGUGCAAGGAAAAAAACAGCAAUACUUCUUUUGUCUAUGUAUGCUUUUGCAUGGUAUAUUUUUCUUUAUUACUAGCCAAUCACAUUGUAAUCAUUGUUUGAAGGUAAACACAAAGGAGAUGAAAGUGAGGAGGCCAUACACGUUUAGUGGCACUUUCCUGUCCAAACAUAAACACUGUAUGGGCAGGAUGCAGAGACGGCUCCUUCUCUGCUAAACACACGACUGUGGCAGAAGGUCUUAAUCCCCUUCGUAAUGCCUCCCCACGGUGCAGGGGCAAAGACGGCUCUAGUCCCAACCCUAGUGGGAGCUGCCUAGAAUUAGUGAGUCUGGGGACAGCCAUGGGAUGGGGAGGGGGUGUGGAGCUGAACAGGCUUGCGUGCGGUUGCAUUAGCCAUGGCGUGGCAUCGGAGAGGCAGCGUGCUGAAGAUAGUCCUGGCCUUAAAGGGUCCCCAGGGCCUGUUUGAGAGCAGUGAGGAGUGCAGCUAUCUGCAAAUUGCUGUUAAAAGGUAGCAUUAGUCUGUGGGAGCUAAGCUGGGCCUCUCCACAUGCAGCCUCCAUAAAUGACAUGCAUUAUGGACCCUUUCUUAACCAUUAGGCAUUUGGACAGCUUUCUCAAAUACCCAGCGAGCAUUGAGGCUUGGGUGGCUAUCGGAGAAGGGCAAAGGGAUGUUGACAUGUUUGGAGAAAUAAUUGGAAAAUGGGCAAUGAGGGCUUUGUGUGUGUGUGUGUGUGUGUGUGUGUGUGUGUUCAUCUUGACUGUGAGCUUGUAAGCCACUUUAUAUUUCCCAUGUUCCUCUGAAUCCUUAUUGCUUGUUUGUAUGUUAGGUUUUGCUUCUUAUUACCAUAUUAUUAACAUCUAAGCAGCUACCUUUCACCUUGAGUGUGUCCUUUAAGAUACAGGGUAUUAUUCAGACAUUCAGAAAGCUGUGUGUGUGUGUG